AUGAGCUCCGAACAGCAACAACCUCCUCAGCAGCAGACUGGCCAGACUGUGCUAUCGUCAACUGCUUCUGCCAAUACUGCUAAUACUACUACUGCUGCUGCUGCUGCAAGCCCUGCUACUUCUCCUAGUACCACCACAACUACAGCCCAGCCUUCUCCACAACCGGCCACUUCCACUAAAUCCACAACAACAACAACAACAACAACAACAACAACAACAACCCAAAGCCCGGCCAGUUCCGUCAGCAAAGGCCCCGAUCCCGUGCCAAGCACCGCAGCACCUGCCACCGUGUCAUCAUCAUCAUCAAUAAAAACGAGUCCAGAACAAUUGGCUGUUAGUAAUCCAUCGGGUUCUAAUAACAAUACCAAUACAACUACUUUUAAUAAUACUUCCACAAAUAUUAAUAAACCUACAGGACCUGUGACCACACUUUCCCCAGCUACCUCAGGACCCGAUGCUGUGACGUCAGCUCCAAUCCCAGCUCAAUCUAUUACUUCCACAACCACAGCAUCGACUACGGGAACUUCACCAGCAACAGCUCCAGCAACUUCCUCUAAUACAACUACUGCUGCUAAUACCACUGCAAAUGUCCCCAAAAUUCCUGCAACAACCAGUCCAGCUGCUCCAGCUGCUCCAACAGUAUCAAAGGCAUCAACGGUACCAAAUCCUACAGACAAUAAACCCGUAGUGACAAGCACAUCACAAGCACCAGCACCAGCAAUUACAAUCAAGUCAGAGCCUGGGUCUGGGUCUGGGUCUGAAAACUCAAACGCGUCAGUAAAGUCAGAACCUGGGUUGGAACCCUCAAACGCGUCAGUCAAGUUAGAGCCUGGGUCCGCGCCUUUGAACGCGUCAGUACCUCAAGAAACAACUUCAACCGAAGCGCCAAAAACAACUACUGCUCCUGCUCCUGCUCCUGCUACUGCAACUGCAACUACUACUGCUCCCGCAACUACUACUGCUCCCGCUCCUGCUCCUGCUCCUGCAACUAAUAUUGCUACUACUAUUGCUACUACUAUUGCUACUACUAUUGCUACUGCUACUGCUCCUGCUCCUGCUCCUGCUCCUGCUCCUGAUCCUGCUCCUGCUCCUGAUCCUGCUCCUGCUCCUGAUCCUGCUCCUGCUCCUGCUCCUGCUACUGCUACUGCUACUGCUACUGCUCCUGCUACUGCUCCUGCUCCUGCUACUGCUCCUGCUCCUGCUACUGCUACUGCUACUGCUACUGCUCCUGCUACUGCUCCUGCUACUGCUACUGUUCCUGCUAUUGCCACUGCAACCUCCACUACUCCUGCUACGGUAACUACUACUGCUCCUAGUACUACUGCUCCUGCUCCUGCUCCUACUGCUCCUGCUCCUACUACUACCUCUCCUGCUUCUACUGCUCCUACUACUACUGCUCCUACUACUAUUGCAACUACUACUACUGCUCCUGUUCCAGCUCCUGCUACUGCUCUUGCUUCAACUGCUACUACUCCAGCCACUGUAACUACCACUACUCCUGCUACUGCUACUGCUACUGCUACUGCUACGGUAUCUACUGCUGCUAGUGCUACUGCUCCUACUACAACUGCUCCUACUGCUCCUACUCCUGCUCCCACUACAACUGCUCCAACCUCUGCUUCCGCUCCAUCUUCAGCAGCGACUAGUACCGCCGAUAAUGCUUCGGAUUCUCUCGAAAAUGUCAAGAUUGAUGAGGAUGAUAUCGACAUGAGCAUGAGCAUCAAGGAAGAAGACGACGACGCCGGCGCCGCCGCCACCUCAUCCAAAGACUUGGAAAUGCCCGAUGCUCCCGGCACUAGUCGCAAACACAGUCGUGAUGAUGAUGACGAUGACGACGACGAAGGGUCCGCAGCAAAGAAACCAGCAACUAUCUUGCCAGAACUGCCAAACAUCACCCGCAAGGACAAAACUUUAAUUGAAUUUCUUGAAGAGCUUGACGACUAUGCACCGAUUAUCCCUGAUGCUGUCACAGACUACUACCUUGCGCGGUCAGGGUUCGAAACAGCCGAUCGCAGAAUCAAGCGUCUUUUGGCAUUGGCCACCCAGAAAUUUAUUGCUGGCAUUGCCGCAGACGCGUAUCAGUACUCGCGUAUCCGGUCUUCGUCCUCGGUUUCCGCAGCAAACAACCCCCAAGCGCGUGCACGCGCGCUCAUGCAAAACAUGGCCGGAACCGUGGCGGCAGCUCAGGCAGUUCAGAUGGCCAAUAUGGCAGGUAGCGACGCUGCUGCCGCAGCUGCAGUUGCCGCCGAAUCGGGCCAGGAGCAACAGCAACAUGCGGCCGCUCAGGCUGCUGCUGCUGCGCAAUUGGCGGCUGCGCAAGCUGCACAAGCGGCCCAGGCUGCACAAGCUGCCACGGCUUCUACAGCGCCAUCGAAUGCAAACAAUCAAAGUAAGCUGGUGUUGACAAUGGAGGAUUUGGGUAGUGCUCUUUCGGAGUAUGGUCUUAACAUUCGUCGCCCGGAUUUCUACCGUUAA